AUGGCUGCUUCCCGAUCUACUCGUGUUACAAGAUCAACAGUGGGGUUAAACGGCUUGGAUGAAUCUUUUUGUGGUAGAACUUUAAGGAAUCGUAGCAUUGCUCACCCUGAAGAAAUUUCCUCUCAUUCUCAAGUACGAUCAAGAUCACCAAAGAAGAGACCAGAGCCUGUGCAAAUUCAGAAAGGAAAUAAUAAUGGAAGAACCUCUGAUUUAAAACAGCAAAGUACUCGAGAAUCAUGGGUAAGCCCUAGGAAAAGAGGACUUUCUUCUUCAGAAAAGGAUAACAUAGAAAGGCAGGCUGUAGAAAAUUGUGAGCGAAGGCAAACAGAACCUGUUUCUCCAGUUUUAAAAAGAAUUAAGCGUUGUCUUAGAUCCGAAGCACCAAACAGUUCAGAAGAAGAUUCACCUGUAAAAUCAGAAAAGGAGUCAGUAGAACAGAGGAGCACAGUAGUGGACAAUGAUGCAGAUUUUCAAGGGACUAAAAGAGCUUGUCGAUGUCUUAUACUGGAUGAUUGUGAGAAAAGGGAAAUUAAAAAGGUGAAUAUAAGUGAGGAAGGGCCACUUAAAUCUGCAGUUGUUGAAGAAAUCACAGGCUAUUUGGCUGUCAAUGGUGUUGAUGACAGUGAUUCAGCUGUUAUAAACUGCGAUGACUGUCAGCCUGAUGGGAACACGAAACAAAAUAGCCCUGGUUCCUAUAUGUUGCAGGAAAAAUCAGUAGCUGAAAAUGGGGAUUCGGAUACCCAAACUUCAGUGUUCCUGGAUAGGAAGGAGGACAGUUGUAUAGACCAUAACGUGCCUUGCACAAAUUCAGAAGUGCAGGUCAAGUUGGAGGACCACAAAAUAGUAACUGCUUGCCUGCCUGUGGAACAUGUUAAUCAGCUGACUACUGAGUCAGCUACAGGGCCACUUUCUGAAGUUCAGUCUUCUUUAAGGGAUUCUGAGGAAGAAGUAGAUGUGGUGGGAGAUAGCAGUGCCUCGAAAGAACGAUGCAUUGAAAACACCAAUAACAACGUGGACACAAGUCUUGAGAGUAUGCCAGUGUCUGGAGAAUCAGAACCAUCUUCUGUACUAGACUGUGUUUCAGCUCAAAUGAUGUCUUUAUCUGAACCUCAAGAACAUCGAUACACACUGAGAACUUCACCACGAAGGGCAGCCCCUGCCAGAGGUGGUAGUCCCAGUAAAAAUAAUUCUCCUUGCAGAGAAAAUGGACAAGUUGAGGAGAAUAUUCUUAGUACCAAUGAAACAAAUGCUGCAAUUAGUGAUAAUAUAAGUGAAUCUCACACAAAUCCUGAUGAAAUUUCCCAGAAUGAAAAGGGGAUAUGUUGUGACUCUGAAAAUUAUGAAAGUGAAGGACUAAGUAAGCCACCCUCAGAAGCAAGACUCAAUAUUGGACAUUUGUCAUCUGCCAAAGAGAGUGCCAAUCAGCACAUUACAGAAGAGGAAGAUGAUGAUCCUGAUGUUUAUUACUUUGAAUCAGAUCAUGUGGCACUGAAACACAACAAAGAUUAUCAGAGACUGUUACAGACGAUUGCUGUACUCGAGGCUCAGCGUUCUCAAGCAGUUCAAGAUCUUGAAAGUUUAGGCAGACACCAGAGGGAAGCACUAAAAAAUCCAAUUGGAUUUGUGGAAAAACUCCAGAAGAAGGCUGAUAUAGGGCUUCCGUAUCCACAGAGAGUUGUUCAGUUACCCGAGAUUUCAUGGGACCAAUAUACUAGUAGCCUUGGAAACUUUGAAAGAGAAUUUAAAAAUCGUAAAAGGCAUACUAGGAGAGUUAAACUAGUUUUUGAUAAAGUAGGUUUACCUGCUAGACCAAAAAGUCCUUUAGAUUCUAAGAAGGAUGGGGAGUCCCUUUCAUACUCUAUGUUGCCUCUGAGUGAUGGUCCAGAAGGCUCAAACAGUCGUCCUCAGAUGAUAAGAGGACGCCUGUGUGAUGAUACCAAACCUGAAACAUUUAACCAAUUGUGGACUGUAGAAGAACAGGUAAUAGAUAUUUCUAAAUUGCAUGUUGCCAGCCGAGUGCAAAAGUAUUUCAUAAAGCUAACCAAAGCUGGCAUUCCAGUCCCAGGAAGAACACCAAACUUAUAUAUAUACUCCAAAAAGUCUUCAACAAGCAGACGACAGCAUCCUCUUAAUAAGCAUCUAUUUAAACCUUCUACUUUUAUGACAUCUCAUGAACCUCCGGUAUAUAUGGAUGAAGAUGAUGACCGAUCCUGUUUUCAUAGCCACAUGAACACUGCUAUUGAGGAGGCAUCAGAUGAAGAAAGUAUUCCUAUUAUGUAUAGGAACUUACCCGAAUAUAAAGAACUAUUACAGUUUAAAAAGUUAAAGAAACAGAAACUUCAACAAAUGCAAGCUGAAAGUGGAUUUGUGCAGCAUGUGGGCUUUAAGUGUGAUAACUGUGGCAUAGAACCUAUCCAGGGUGUUCGGUGGCAUUGUCAGGAUUGUCCUCCAGAAAUGUCUUUGGAUUUUUGUGAUGCUUGUUCAGACUGCCUACAUGAAACAGAUAUUCACAAGGAAGAUCACCAAUUAGAACCUAUUUAUAGGUCAGAGACAUUCUUAGACAGAGACUACUGUGUGUCCCAGGGCACCAGUUAUAAUUACCUUGACCCAAACUACUUUCCAGCGAACAGAUGA